AUGGACACUAGUCCACGAAAUUUCGAGCCGCUGUCGGGUGUGCCCAACUCCGAGCGCCGCUCAUCAUCCGCGCGGGGACCGUUGGCCGGGGGCAAGCAGAUAACCCGAAAUCGGGCGAGCUACAGCUGCCACACUUGUCGCCGGCGAAAGGUGAAAUGCGACAAGGUUCACCCAAUUUGCGGAAACUGUGCCAAGACCGGAGCCGAAUGCCUUUACGAUGCGUCGUCGCAAAAGCGCGAACAGGGCCGCGACGGGCCCCAGCAAGACGGACAUGGAGUAAAACGAAGGAGGCAGACACCGCGCACCUGGGAGGAAGAUGUGGAUGAGCUACAAACCAUUUAUGGGCAAAUGCGGCAGACUGAGACAUCUGCCGGUCAGAAACCCAACCCCCGCGCGAUCGAGCACCGACUAGACAAGUUGAUGUCAAUGAUCGACCGAUUGGGCGGCAGCGCUCAAGCUCUUGAAGAGGCGGGAAAAAAUGCCGCGGCCCCAAGCGCCGCGGUGGAAUCAGCUCUUCUGGAGGAAUUGCGCCAGACCCAUGCUCGAAAUGGAAGAGCGGUAUCUUCACGGCCCUCGAGUCCACGUCGCGCUGCUACAGAGUCAAGCGGUGAUGAAUUUCCCAUUCCUUCAGGCCAGGCCACUGAUCUGGUUGAUCCGGUGGGAAGUCUGAAUUUAGGACACUUGAGCCUGGAUGAUGGCGGAAGGUCGAGAUACGUUGGGACGACAUACUGGGCUUACAUCUCUCAUGAGAUCAAUGAUCUUAAUCAGUUACUAAGAGAUCAGAAUCGAUCGCAUGAUUUAUCGCCCCCAGAAACCACUAACGAAGAUGAUCCUGAUUUUAUCGCCAAUGGCCGAGCGUGGAAAGGGUUAGUCGACAGCCCUUCAACUGCACCUGGGUCUCGAGAAUCCUUUCAACCAUCCAUCAUAUUUCCCUCUGGCGAAUCUCCAUCCGGAACUGAGAGACUUGUGGAACCGGAAAUGCUCAAACAUGUUCCAACAAGACGACAAAGCCAAAUACUUUAUAAGGGUUUCAUGUCUGGCGUUCAUGCAAUCAGUCCAGUCGUUCACCCUCCCACUAUCUUGAAGCUCUAUAAUGCCUUUUGGAAUUGGUAUGACUACAGUAGCUAUUCCGGGGAAACCUGCCCAUGCCCUUCAUUCAUCCCGCUUCUCUAUGCCAUCUGGUAUGGCGGUUCCGUGACUAUUUCCAUUCGAACGAUCAAAGCCGAGUUCAAUGCGUCGUCUCGUUUCUCUCUGUCCUCCAUAUACAAUGAAGAAGUGACUCACUGGCUGGCAAAAAUAUCUUUUCCUCGAAGUCCCUCUCUGCAAGGGCUCUCGGCCUAUCUCAUCGUUCAGACUAUUCUGUCCAAAGAGGAAGAGCCUCUCACAAGUAGUCUGUUCGUCAGUCUCGCAAUGCGAGUGGCACAGACUAUGGGCCUCCAUCGAGAUCCAGCAAAAUUUGGGAUUGAACCAUGUGAAGCAGAGUAUAGGCGCCGGCUUUGGUGGCAUAUCAUGCAUAUGGAUGGCGUGGUGGCAAUGUCGAGCGGACUUCCUCCUCUGGUCAGUGACGAAAAUUAUUGGGAUGUACGCGAAACCAGCGAAGUCAAAGACACGUUGCUGGGCUCUCCGGCGGCCGAAAGAUAUGAGCAGAUGGUAGCAGCCAACCAACAGGUUCGUGAAAACCCAGACGAGCCUUCUGUAUGCGGUGGCCCAUCAAUGGUGAACGUGUUCUACCUAACUGCUAGGGGCAAAUACACAAUGGCUCGCGCUGUCCGCCGAAUAUUGCGGAUUCAGUUGGGCACCAAACCAGUUACUCGACGAGAUAUGGAAGAGCUGCGAGCGAUUCUUCUCGAUCUUCAAUUGAAGUUGAACUCAAUUGUUAACCGAAUCCCCGAGAACAAAUCAGAAGAAACCUCAGGCGCAACGACUCGAGCCCUGUCCAUGUCUAAGUCGCCCGUAGAGGUGCAGUCGACCGAAACAGAGCUUCCGGGCGAAGGGCCUAAUGGUUGUACCGAGCAAUAUCACUCCCCAGUUUUGGUUUCCUUCCAUAAAUGGGCCAGAAUUCUUCUAUCUUUAUAUAUCGACAAGGCGUUCUGUGUUGCAUAUCAACCUUUCUUGAAGAAUGCUCGCAGUCGAAUUUGGCCAGCCGCCAGACAGAGUGCACUUCGUCACUGCCAUGGGUUUAUGGAGAAGUUUAUCCAAUUGGCAACAGAUCCUGAUUUUCAGCCUUUUCAUUGGAGCUGGCCAGGUAACCACCAACCUAUGCACGCAACGAUGAUCAUGCUCAUCGAUCUGUACGAACGGCCAUAUAGCCCCGAGGCCUCGAAAUCACGCGCAUUCAUCGACCGAAUUUUGGCACUUUCUGGACCAGAUGGAGGCGUUGUUGGCGGUGAAGAUGGCAUCUCCACGCAACGGCCACUUAAAGAUGGUGGCCGCGAAGCAUGGGACAUGAUCCGUCGUCUUCGUCAAAAGGCCUGGCAAAAGGCCGGUCUAAACCCUAAGAUGCUCUGGACCGAACAGGACCAGAUUCAAGCAGGAAUCGCCUCACCAGCAGGAGAGACAAACAGCCUGCGUAGCUCAUACCAUUCAGGGACUUCACCAGCACCCGGGUCUCCCGCAGUCUCAUCAACACGUCAACCUGCUGGAUCGGGUCGUCAACUCAACGAAUUUAACCGAAUGUUUUACAACAUGACACGAUCUCAGAUUCUUCCUACCCCUGCCAUUACUUCGGGCACAGUCAGGCCUAGUCCUCUGAGAUACUCCGCCCAUCCUCCGAGACAACCGUCUCGUUCACUCUCCACACCUCAAUACAACUCCAAUCCAGCCGCCGUUACGAUGACUUCUCCAGCCACUUUGGCAACAACUCCUGUUAUAUCAUCCUCCCCCGGUGCAGCAUCCUCUCUAGGAACACCCUCACCUGCCAACUCUUCCACCACCUCUCAAAUCCAAGUACCCCAGUCUCUUCAACCGCUUCCCAACAUGCCCUUUAUGGACCCCGUGUCACCAAAUCCACCUGCAAUGGGAGUCCCCACACCGCCGUCCAUGGUGGACCCGAACCUUAAUUUCGAUUGGGACCAAUGGGAUGCAGUCUUUGGACAGCAUUUGCCCGUGGCAGAUGAGCUUAUGGAACUGGAUCCUGUGUCUGGACUGGAAUUUGCGAAUUUUGGAGUCCCUCCUGACAACGAUGGUGUUGAUGUCAAUGGGAUGUCUACGGAAGACUUUCCAGCAGCCUGGGCGGACAAUCCCUCCGUGAAUAGCGUUUCCGCCAGUGACUGGACGGGAUAUUGUUAA